AUGAGUACUUUAAAGGCCGCAAGAGCGGAUAAUUUUUACUUUCCGCCAGAUCAGGAAGAUGCUGGUAAACGGUUUAAAAAGCGCCGAGUUGGUAAUCGUAGAGAUGGCCGUGAUGAGAGAAGGGGACCUAUCAUCCGGUUUGAGAUGCCUUUUAAGGUUAUUUGUUUGGAUUGCGGCGCCUAUAUCGCAAAGGGUGUCAGAUUUGACGCUGAGAAGAAGUGUGUUGGAAAGUACUAUACUACUGACAUUUACGCCUUUAAGAUGGCCUGUUUCAAGUGUUUCAGACCAAUUGUAAUACAAACGGACCCAGAACAUACCGAUUACAUUUGCAAAGAAGGUGUUCGGAAGAAGAUUGAACUUAGAGAUGAGUCUCGGGACGAUGUGAUUACCGUUGGCAAAGAUAAUGAAAUGAGAGAUAAUGCUCUAUACAUUUUAGAGAAAAGAGCUGAAGAAACACAGUCCAUUAUAGAUAAAGAGGUAGGUAAGGAGGUUAGUCAGGAUGUUCGGGCUGAAACCAAUGAAAUAAUUGACGAUAGGAAACAAAUUGAAUAUUUGGAAGACUUGAGCGAAUCUAGAAGUAAAGAUUCUUAUUUGGCCAAUUGCGCUCUUAGAAGGAAGUUUAGGACCCAAAAAAAGUUGAUGGAAAAGGAAACACACACUAAUUUCUCAUUACCUCUGCUUAGACCAACUACUGAAGACUUGGAAGAAAGUAAAAAAAUAACUUUUAUAACAGAGUCUAAAAAGCUUAGGUCCCACUUCAAGAGACUAGUUGGUAACGACGACAUCUUCUCUAAAGGUUCGGUCAAAACUGCCUCCACCAUUUCAGUGCCAAACUCUCUAGAAUCUAAGAAGAAGAAGUUACAAUUCAUCAAAUACCUAGAUUCCAAAUCCAAAUACAAAUAA